GGGUAAGCAACUCUGCUCUGAUCUGUGCAUCGUCGUCAUGGUAACAACACUCUGAAAACCAUUUGGAUCUGCCAUGACACAUGCACUAUUGGGAGCUCUUAAUCCAGGGGUUAUUGCCAUAAGGGACUCGUAAGUGUAUGUCUACACUGCACAAAAGACCAGGCUCUGACUCAGGUUUGAAUCUGAGCCCCUGCCUGAUCCAGGUCAACAAACAUUUGGGAUACAGGUCCUAGGUCCCUCCUAACAUGGUGGGUUAGAGCCCAAGUCUUGCUGUGAUUCAAAUCCAAACCCUCUGCAGUGUGAACACAGCUCCAGCCACAGAUCCCAGUCAGAAGGUCUGCUCAGUAUAAUAGUGUGGAUGUGUGAACGUGGCUGUGAGAUCUGCAUCCAGCCCAGGUCUACAAAACAGUGUGGAUGCCCAAGUUCUGGCUUGGAAGCACUGAGUCCACAAGCCCAGGUCCCUCAGACCUGCAUUUAUAAUGCAGUAAGACAGAGCCUAAUACUUCCAGUCACUGGGCAUGUAAGCCUUGGGCCAGGGUGAAUUGAUAUAACAGGGUGCACAGCUAUGGGUGUGCACAAAAUGUAAAAUCCUUUAUCAUCUGUAUACAGCGCUUCACAUGGGGGUAAAAAUAUAUCCUAAAAAUCUAUUUGGGAAAGGGUGUGCACAAUGGUCUAGCUGCUCUUGAACCUCAGUUUCUCAGGGACCAUGGUUAUUUGCUUUACCUACUCCCAAGCAUUUUAUAAUCUCUGUUGAACUGAAGCUAUUUUCAAAUUAGAAAAGCUGUUUCAUAGUGACUUCCUGUCUUUUCCAUAGGCAAAGGGCUGCCAGAACUAACUUUCUGAACUUCCCAGGAACACUGUCCUCAUACCUGGAGUAAAGUUGGCUUUGUGCAGUGAGUACCUGUGCCGCAGUAUAAAUCAAGUUAAUUCCUCAGAUGUGUUGGCUUCGCAUCACAGCUGUGUCUGAGGAUGCCGCUUAUUCACUUCAGGUGUCUCGUGGCAAUGACUUUCUUGUGGGUGGCAAACAGGAUGCACGCGAAGAAAGGUGUUAAAUGUGGUGGAGUCCUCUCCGCACCCUAUGGCAACUUCUCCAGCCCUAAUUUCCCUGGACUCUACCCCUAUGACACUGAGUGCAUUUGGCUCAUAGUGGUUACAGAAGGAUCCUCGGCCCUGCUGACCUUCGACCAUUUUGACCUGGAAUAUCACGACAGCUGUGACUACGACUACCUCAAAAUCUACAAUGGCUUCUCCGGGGAGGAGGGGAAUCUCCUAGGAAAGUUCUGUGGCAAGAGCUCCCCUCCACAGUUCACUUCUUCCUGGCAUGUCAUGUCCAUCAUCUUCCACUCCGAUAAGCAUGUGGCCAGUCAAGGCUUUUCUGCAGUUUACCGGAAAGAUGUUUGUGGGGGAGUGCUCACGGGCCUUUCUGGCAUGAUAACAAGCCCCGAUUACCCUGAGAAUUACCCCAACAACGCCGAAUGCCGCUGGACCAUCCGGGCAGUGCCCAACUCCGUCAUCAAGCUGGUUUUUGUUGACUUUCAGAUGGAAAACAAUGCAGGAUGCAAUUUUGAUUAUGUGGCCGUCUAUGAUGGGCCCACAAUGGGAGAGACGCAUCUCAGCCAUUACUGUGGGAACAUGAAACCCCCAGAUAUUGUCUCUUCCACGCACGAGCUCCAGGUGGUGUUCAAAUCAGACUUCAACAUUGGAGGGAGAGGCUUCAAGGCCUAUUUUUUCUCAGGCGAAUGCCAGGAAGUAUACACAGCCAUCAAAGGAAAUUUCUCCAGUCCUCAAUAUCCCAGCUUUUACCCCAACAAUAUUAGAUGUCAUUGGACCAUCCAGCUUCCCCCAGGAUACCGAAUCAAAGUCUUCUUCCUGGACUUGGCUCUGGAGGGGCGGAACAGCCUAACAGAUGGCUGUGAUUAUGACCAUCUGGCAGCAUUUGAUGGAGGCACUGAGAAAGCUUCCCUCCUGGGGAAGUGGUGUGGAAGAGAGAUGCUGUCUCCCAUAACAUCCAGUAGAAACAAACUGCUGUUGGUCCUCCACACAGACAGAAACGUGGCCAACAGGGGGUUCUCGGUGGCAUAUAUUGGAGUUGUUCCCGUGAACGUCAGCUGCACGCGAACAGAUUUCCAGAUCCAGAUUCCUGUGCAGUCUCUUGCCCAGCUGGAGAGAAAUAAGAUUUAUUUAGGGACCCCAUCCUGUCCUGCCCAAGUGGUUGGCCUGAAUUUUAAAAUACACACAAGGUUCGACACCUGUGGGACUGAGUCCCAGAAAAGAAACCACACGUCUGUGAUAGUCAGUAUCCUGUAUAUCGACUUUUCGGCUGGAAACCAGGAGGACAUUCAUGAGUAUGAAGUGCAGUGUGAGCCGAAGAGGAAAGAAGCCUCAGUAAACCUCAUCUCGAGUGCUGACCCCUACCGGCUAAACCAGUACGCGGAGAACCUGGUGGAGUCCCAAGGGCAGGACGUGGAAGCAGUGGAGACCUCGGAAAGCAAAAGCCAGGACACCAGUGACAUUGUCUUCAUUAGCAUCUGUAUUCUUGCAGGCAUCCUCAUGGUGAUCGCUGUGGUUGGACUAGUGCUGCUAUAGGAUGCUGCCUUUGGCCCAACUCCUCCUUGCCUGCCCUCCCUCCCCAUCAUAGGCACACAUGCGCAGCCAGUGGCUUUUCCUCCUAGAGCCUGGGCUUAGAGUUUCAAUAGAGCUGUUGGAAUCAAAACUCACCUUCCAUGCUUGAAACAGAGGUUGGUUUCAACCUCUAUAUUCUUUCUCUACACAGAAGAAGUCUGUGCAGUAGGCAAGCAGCUCUUCUUCUGAGCCAUAGAAUCAUAGAAUGCUAGAACUGGAAGGGACCUCGAGAGGCCCUGUCUUGAUCAUCCUGGAUAGGUGUCUGUCAAACCUGCUCUUAAAUAUCUCCUGUGAUGGAGAUUCCACAAUCUCCCUAUUCCAGUGUUUAACC